AUGGGAAUUACAAUCCUGCCCCCUGUGUCAGACGACAUUAUCCCUCGUCAUGAGGACGACUCGGAUGACUCCAUGUCUGUUGAUUCCGACGAAGAUGUUGAGAUGAGCGGCUUGCGGGCUCCGAAGCGGGCCCGCAUUGGGAAUCAGACCUUGUCAACCGGCGUCGUCACACCCGGUGAAGUUGUUACAGAUGAUCCGCAAUGGAUGAGAGGUCACGGCACGUACAUGACUCCCUUAUCAACCUCUAUCAUUGCUACUGUUGCCGUUCAAUCGAAGCGAUGGAAGGUUGAUGUUGCCGCUCCACUUCUCGCUCAAUUACCUUUGUCUGCGAUCAAUUUGCCCGGUGGUAUUCUUCGUCGGCGAACCAGCUCCGAUGAGCUUCAGAUUCGAACAUUUUUCAGUGAGGGCGACCUCGUGGUCGCUGAGGUGCAGAGCGUGCAUCAGGAUGGAGCGGCUUCUCUUCACACGCGCUCGCUCAAAUAUGGAAAAUUACGCAAUGGGGUCUUCCUUGCUGUGACUGGCACGGGCGGUAGCGGCGCAUCGAGUAACAGUACGAAGGGUGGUGUGGGUUCAAAUUCCCUGCGGCCUGGAGCGGGCAGUGGUAUGGGCGGUGUUGUGCGGUCCCGUCGACAAGUCUGGACCAUCAACACGCAUAAUGGUGGUGGUGAGGUCGAUGUCAUCCUGGGAGUGAAUGGAUACAUUUGGAUCUCUAAGCACGCGGAUGGCACAGCCGCGGCGUCUUCUGCGACGGAGAAUGUGUCUAUCACGCGUAUGGAGGAAAUGGUGUCCACGUCGAUCUAUUCCAGUCAGAAUGACGAGAUCAUCCCUCAGACUCGUCGGGAGAUUGCUCGACUGGCACAGUGCAUUCAAGUUCUGGUGCAGAGUGGUAUUCGGGUCGACGAAGAGACCGUGAUGAGCGCUUACGAGGCUAGCUUGCAGGUUGAUCUUGAGGUCGGCGAUGAGGAUGAUGAAGAUGAGGACUCACGACACGAGGGACGGGAAUAUCUAGAGGGUGCUAAAUCACGGCGCAUUCUGGAGUUGGUUGUUUAG